GCCAGGCAGGCAGGAUUCGACCGUUGCGUUCUCCGCCCAAAUCUUAAGCCCCCACCCACUCCAGAUCGCCCCCCAAUUCCAAUUCCAAUUCCAAGCCUCUCCUCGCCUCGCCUCGCCGCUCCCCGCCCCCUCGCUUCCUCCCCCUCCGCGCCGCUCCUCCAGGCUCCAGCCAUGGCGAUCGCCAGCGAGGACAGGGCUUCAGCACAUGCGAAUGAGGAGAAGCGGUGGGUACUGUCUGAUUUUGAGAUUGGGAAGCCUCUUGGGAGGGGCAAGUUUGGGCAUGUUUAUCUUGCCAGAGAAAGGAGGAGUAGUCAGAUUGUGGCUUUGAAAGUUCUUUUCAAGAGCCAGCUCAAGCAAUCACAGGUCGAGCAUCAGCUGCGACGCGAAGUGGAGAUUCAAAGUCACCUUCGACACCCUAAUAUUCUUCGCCUGUAUGGGUACUUCUAUGAUCAGACCCGGGUAUACCUAAUCCUGGAAUAUGCUGCCAAGGGUGAACUGUACAAGGAACUGACUAGGUGCAAACAUUUUUCAGAGCGGCGUUCAGCGACCUAUAUCGCAUCACUGGCUAGAGCUUUGAUCUACCUUCAUGGCAAGCAUGUUAUCCACCGGGACAUUAAACCAGAGAAUCUUUUGAUUGGAGCCCAGGGUGAGAUCAAAAUUGCUGACUUCGGCUGGUCCGUGCAUACCUUCAACAGAAGACGGACUAUGUGCGGAACUCUGGAUUACCUGCCACCUGAAAUGGUGGAGAAGACAGAACAUGAUUACAAUGUCGACAUAUGGAGCCUGGGUAUUCUAUGCUAUGAGUUCCUUUACGGGGUCCCACCUUUUGAAGCUAAGGAGCACUCAGAGACAUACAGAAGGAUAGUGAAAGUUGACUUGAAGUUCCCACUGAAACCAUUCGUUUCACCCGCUGCGAAGGAUUUGAUUUCUCAAAUGCUGGUCAAGAACUCGGCGCACCGGCUUCCACUCCACAAGGUUCUUGAGCACCCGUGGAUCGUCCAGAACGCCGACCCUUCCGGCGUGUACAGAGGGUAGAACAACCACUAGCUGAAGGCUGCCUCCUCUGAGUACUCUCCUCCACUCUCCCCAAUUCGAGGGGAGUGCGAUUCUUUCGACUGUUGUUUAUUAUGGCUCUUGCCCUACCAACUAAGCUUCUAUCCCCCGAACUGUAUCUUGUAGCACCGUCUCUACGGGGAUAACAAGCAAUGUGGAUUAGCGUCUGUGCGAUGGGGCCGUGACCUUGUAUACGGCCAAUUGCCCUGUAUUAAUGUAGCAUUCAUGUUGAACAACCUUCUUACGCGUCUAUAUGAAUAUAUAUCUGUUCUAAGCCUUUCUGAAUCUUGAUA